AUGAGCAUUGUUUGCGAUGCCUUGAGUUGGCAUUGUUUUCUGGAGAGAAACAGUGAUCCCAAGCGGGCUCCCUCCUCUGGACAUGUAAUGUUCUUUCAUCGAAUCACGUGGGAGCUUGUUCCCGAUUGGAGUCUGUUCGAUUUACCGCAAAAUGACCAGCACUUUGUUGGCCACUUUGUUUCAUGGCAAUCAAAUCGGGGCGCUGGGCGUUUGCCCCAAGGUGGCACGGGACGAGUGUUGGCCCUUGUGAUGGAUGCCAGUUUUGGUGCAUUACUAAGGACGGUGCCCAGGGCCAUCACGGCGGUCGCUGGCACCCAGGCGGUUUGA